AUGUCGACCCAGCAGGCUCCCUUCAAGGCGUCGCCCCUCUACUUCUCCCCGGUGUCCCCCAGCCACCAGCCGGCUCCUGGAAAGGAGGCCUACGGCAGACUGUUGAGUGGAACCGCGUAUGUCUUUUGCAGACCACAAGAGUUCCCCGUACUAACUAGCCAGACCUCCGGAUGGGGCCAACCCAAGAUUGUUCCCCGCGCCGAGCUCUCCCUUGACCCUCUCGCCGGUGUCCUCCAGUAUGCCGUCACCUGCUUCGAGGGCAUGAAGUGCUACAAGGACGAGGAGGACAAGCUCCGUCUCUUCCGCCCCAUGAAGAACUUUGACCGUCUCAAGCGCUCUGCUGCUCGUCUUGGUCUUCCCUACGACUGGGACAACGAGGAGCUCCUCGAGCUGCUCUCCAAGCUCGUUGCUCUCGAGAACCCUAUCGUUCCUAAGGGCGACGGUGACAACCUCUACAUCCGUCCCACCAUCAUCGAGACCUCCGAGUCGUUCGGCAUCAAGGAGGAUGCCUACGCCAGCAGCGCGCUCCUCUACAUCGUCACCUCUGCCAACCUCGGCAAGGGUCUCUACUCCUCUGCUGAGGGCCCCGGUCUCAAGCUCGAUGCUUGCGACAAGUUCAUCCGUGCCUGGCCCGGAGGCCACGGCUCCUACAAGCUCGGUGCCAACUACGGUACCGUGUCUGUUGCCAAGAAGCCUGGCUUCCAGAUGUCGCUCUGGCUCCACUCCGACGGCAAGCAGCACUACAUCUCUGAGGCUUGUGCCAUGAACGUCUGGAUCAUCAAGAAGGCGGCCGACGGCUUCCUCGAGUUCACGACCAUGGGUCUCGACAACGGCAUCGUCCUCCCCGGUGUCACGCGUGCGUCGAUCAUCGAGCUCCUCCAGGACCACGCCGACGGCAAGGCCGAGUUCCCCCUCCCCGGCAUGCCGAAGAACAUCCGCGUCGUGGAGCGCGACAUCCCGAUGGCCGAGAUCGUCGAGGGAUCGCAGGACGGCUCCCUCGUCGGCAUGUUCGGAUGCGGCACCGGCGUCGUCGUCACCAUGAUCUCCCUCAUCCGCUACCAGGACAAGGACUACGAGAUCCCCUCCAACCCCCUCAUCAAGCUCAUCCGCGACGCCAUGACUGGUAUCCAGCGCGGCAAGGUCGAGCGUGGUGACUGGUCCUACGUCGUCCCUGAGUGGGACGGCACUGCCCGCGAGCACGACACGGACGGCCAGAAGGUCUACGCUUAG